UCAAGACUGCGUUUGCCUUGAAGGUCGAUGUCUGUGUACGAAGGCCUUGCCGUGAAGCCAUUGAUGAGCCGAGCAAGGUCAGUAUGGGCCUCAUCCGUAACCUCAUCUCAAGCCUCCGCAAGGACGACCCCCGACUCCUUCGAAUCCCACCGUAUUUGUCCCUGCUUUGCAUGCUCGUUGGCAUAUCAUGGAUCCUGCCCUUGCCUCUACAGGAGUACUCUCGGCAGACGUACAUCUCAGAAAAUGCGCUCCUACCCGGCCAGGUCCACACUUACUUUGGCGGUAGCGAACAGAAUGUUUUUCGCGCAUAUCGACACGAGUUGGCUACGGUCCUGGAAGAUGCUGCGAUGUCUGCUGAGAACGAGACCCUGGGGAAAGCAGAGCAGAGAGCCCGGGAAGAUAGGACAAGUGGAAAGUUGGAAGAGCUCUUCCGGAACGCUGGCUUGAAGACUGCAAAGCAACGGUAUUCUUACAUGUCGUCCGGCCAGCUUUACGAGGGAGAGAAUGUUUAUGCUGUUUUGCACGCGCCUCGCGGUGACGGAACCGAAGCAAUCGUACUUGUCGCACCACUCAAAAACAUCGACGGCAUCCCAAACGUGAAUGGUGUACCGCUCCUCAUUUCCCUGUCGCGCUAUUUCAAAAGAUGGUCACUGUGGUCGAAGGACAUCAUAUUCUUGGUCACCCCGGACAGUACUGCAGGACCACAAGCAUGGAUUGAUGCGUACCAUUCCACCCACGAUCCAUACAAGGUACAAGAUCUGUCGUUGAAGUCUGGUGCACUUCAGGCUGCCGUUUGCAUCGAUUACCCAUUUGAGCAUCGCUUCGAGAACCUUCAUAUCGCAUACGACGGCAUUAACGGCGCUCUACCUAACCUCGAUCUGUUCAAUACCGCCGUUUCUAUUGCGUCUGGCCAGAUGGGCAUUUCAACAUCGAUCCAAUUCCAACACACGUACAGCAAGCAUGAGGAGUACAAUUCGUACCCUGUUCGCCUUCAAACACUCGUGCGCGGAAUGUCAACCCAAGCCCUCGGCCACGCAACUGGCCCCCAUUCCACCUUCAUGACGUAUCAUAUCGAUGCUAUCACUUUGACGGCGACAAACGAGGGCUGGCAAGAUGAGAUGGCGUUUGGGAGGACGAUCGAAAGCAUCUGCCGAAGCCUCAAUAAUUUACUUGAGAAGCUGCAUCAGAGCUUCUUUUUCUACCUAUUGAUGCAGUCAAAUCGAUUCGUCAGCAUUGGGACGUAUCUUCCAGGUGCGAUGAUCAUGGCUGCCGCUUAUACGAUUAUGGCAAUCUACCUUUGGGUAUUGAGUGGCUAUCAAGUUACCGAGAAAGAAGCAGCGCCAGCGGUCAGCAAAAUGGAGAAUGGGUCAACUGAGAAGACAAGCGGUUCGCAACCGCAAAUCACAUUGCCCAGAGAAUCCCUCUCGAAAAUCGAAUUCAAGCCAGUCGACAGACAACUCGUCCUUCCAAUUGCCCUCUUAACGGCGAUACACCUAGCGUCUCUCAUCCCACUAUAUCUCCUUACCUCACUGAGCCUCAGAGCCAUGCCCUCGACAUUUUUUCUGAUUACGGUUGCCCUGCUUGUGCUCCCAAUAGCUCUCGCAUCAGCACUUGCCGAAAUGCCGAACAACACCACCUUACCUGCCUUUUCCGCGCCGACAUAUGAGCAAUACGUCCUAACCAAAUCGCUUAGCCUUUUACUACUUGGCCUCUUCUUGACUGUCCUAGCGACACUGAAUUUCAGUCUCAGCAUGUUUCUUGGUAUUGUUUGCAUCCCACUGGUCUUUGUGGGUAGAACUCGCUCUAGGGCAGGGCUGUCACUUGUUCAGUAUCUGAUACUUGUCGUCAUGAGUCCAAUGGGACUAGCUAUAGGGUUGAGCGCAUAUGGCGUCAUUGUCUUGGGACGAGACGAUGUUCUUGUCGAAUGGCUACAGCGGCUCGCCCUAGGUUGGAACAUCUGGGGGAGUUGGGGCGUUCCUGUUGGCGUUUUGUGCAUUUGGUUGCCCGCAUGGGUCGUGAGUGCGACUUUAGUGGCCAGCUCUUGGUUCACAACGACAGAGGCGGUCCAAAGUACGCAGAAAGCCACGAAGAAGAUGUCAUCCAAAACAGCGUCGUGACGAGACAUGCCUCAGAACAGCAAAGAUUCAAGAUGAAAAAGAUUCUCCGUCAAAAGAGCCUGUUAUUCUAGGAACAUGGUCUCUACAGCUCAACAUUUGUACAACCACUGCCCCCGGCUCACCAUGCUCGAGACCUGAAAUUCCUGGGCCAUAGACGCAACACCUGGAUGCGCCUUGAGGUGACCACCCUUCAAGGUUGUCCCUCGGAAUGACAGUCUCUCCUAGGAGGGCAGCCUGGAGCCCCGUCCACCCUCAUCUAUAAAAGUCCUUCCAACAUCCCUCAAUGCCUUGAGCGCAGGUCCGGGCGAGAGAUCAAUCUGAUACAAGGCUGGAACAUGUCGUCCACCAACUGAUUAAGCUGGCCACGAUGGAAUCCUCCAUGUCAAGAUUUCCUGACUAAUUUCGCUCUGCAUGCGAUGAUGGUCGAGGCUGAUGUGGGGAAAUUCUCCUGUGCGAUGCUGCUUCCCGUAGCCUCGGCUUCAGGUUAUUGGGUUUGAUAUACCUCGUCUACUCUAGAUACUUUACCCCUAAGAGGGCAGAAAUCGUCUAGUCUUUACUGUUGGAGCAAGGCAAUUGUAGCAAUACGAGACUGUGUCCGAACGUCGAACGAUCUUCAUCACCACCUACUGUGUUUUCCUUCAGCCGAGCUUGAGCAUCGGCAAGCCGGCCUAGUCGC